CCUCUGCGAAUACGGUUAGCUCCGCUUCUUGUGACAGUAAGCCGUCUGCUCAGCGCCGACUAUUCCAUUGAAAGAAAAAAAUGUUACUUGCUAACAAGGAUGUUAUAAAAUGGCUCGGAUUUUCUUCUUUUGAAAUUUUUAUCCAGCUAUCAUGCCUAUUGGUUUGCACCAUUCUCAUCAUGUGCAAGGUUGAACUUGAAAGCUUUGCUGACAUAUCAUGGUGGAGGAUUUUCAUUCCAAUGUUUGCUGCGGAUGGAAUGACUUUAUAUUUCAGCACCAUUGUGUUUAUUCGUACUUUUCAUAAAGGAAACCACAAAGAAGCAUUUAGAAGAGUUUUGUGGGUUUCGUUACUCUUAGUGCUGCUGUUCUUAUUCAAGAUGCUACUCUGCCAGCUAUUAGAAGGUGCAAAAAAGACAUCAGCAGCCGGCGUCAUGUCACCUUUAUUCGUUCUUUGGGGUCUGCUCAUAAUAAGAGCUUGUAAAGUGACUUGAAACGCUAUACUACGAGAAUUCUGUGACCCGAAAUGCGAUCGGCUCAGGCAAAGGGGCCACAAUACUCUGCUUCAAUAUGGCCUUGGUUUGGCGCCCAAUUUCUUCAAAUGGAAUAAUCCAAUAACACUGACUGCUGUCAAUUGGAUUGGGCCAAAU